ACCGUCACGUGAGCCAACCCGGAAAUACUCUACUACUACAACAGGAACACUAGGAGCUAUGAGUAGCGUUAGCUAACGCUUGCUUAUCACCUAAAUGACAUGGUUUGAUUGUUUUUAGAGAUUCAAAGUGCGUCGGAAGACGAGUGACACUCAUUCCCGUGCAACAACAAAACGAUAGUCUCUGUGAAUCUUUAAAAAGUGUCUCUAGUAGACGUUAUUCUCCUCUUGUGGGCUAGUCUUAGCCACUACAACAAUGAGUCUGGCGGUAGCCCGAGAACCCCGCAACACUGCGGGGAACCGCAUGUCAAAACUCCUCGAUGCUGAAGAGGAGGAUGACUUCUACAAGACUACCUAUGGCGGGUUCAAUGACGAAUCGGGGGAUGACGAGUACCACGGCGAGCACUCGGACACGGAGGACGAGGUGGACAGCGACUUCGACAUCGACGAGGGAGACGAGCCCGACAGCGACCAGGAGGACGCGGCACCGCGCAAGAAGAUGCGAGUCGUCACUAAAGCCUAUAAGGAACCCAUUAAGGUUGCGAAGCCCAAGCCCAAGAAACCGGCAGAGGAACAGAAGAAGACGGAGAAAACCAAAGUAGAACUGAAGAGGAAGAUACCAGUGGAGUUCGAAGACUUUGCGGAGACCCGUAAGUCCGUGCGCCAGUCCACCAGCGAGCACACACGCAAGACCAACCUGCGGCUGCAGGAGCGCCAGGAUGCCCCGCGGCGGAGGAGGGGGGCUCACCGAGACCGCCCUCUGACCCAGGACGAGCUGCUGGCCGAGGCCAAGAUCACGGCGGAGGUCAACAUCCGCUCGCUAGAGAACUACGAACGGCUGGAGGCGGACAAGAAGAAGCACGUGCACAAGAAGCGUCGCUUCGACGGCGCCACCGUCCGCUACCACUCGGUGCUCAUGCCCCUGGUGUCCCACUCGCUCCUGAGGGAGGAGAACGUGGACGUGGAAGGCCUGGACCAGGACGUCCCCGCGACCACCUCGGCCGCCCACCCCGCCUCCACCUCGACCACGCCCACCCCCCCGGGGGGGCUCUGCUCGCGGACGUACAUCACCUUCAGCGACGACGACGCGCUGGAGACGGCCUUCCCUGCCGCGGCGCAGGCCUCGGCGCUGCCGCCCGUCCAGGAGGUGUGCCCUGUGACGCACAAGGCGGCGCUGUACCGCGACCCCGUCACCGACAUCCCCUACGCCAACGCCCGCGCCUUCCGCAUCAUCCGCGAGGCCUACCGCAAGUACGUGGCGGCGCACGGCUUCCCCAACCCCGGGGCCGUCGGCGCGGCGACGGGCCUCGAGCCCUCGGCCGCCGCCAAGGGCGUCCGGCAGAAGAUGGCGGUCAAGCAGGGUGCCGUGGCGACAUAGGAGCGGUCGCCGUGGCGACGGAGGCGAGGUCGUCGCGGUGACCUAGACGUGGUCAGACGCGACGGUGGUAUUUUCAUGUUUCUUUUGUUUUUGUUUUGUGUCUUUUUCUACCUGGGGUGGGGGGGAAACAAGACAUUAAAUGGACGGACUAUAUCGCAGGGGCAGAAGGGUAAGACGUUGUCCUUAGUGGCGUUUCGUGGCCGAGUUCCCUGGAACUCAGCCACGACGGGAUGCUCAGGAUGCUCAUGGAGUGGAUGAGUAUCCUGCCAACUUCCUAUCGGAACUAAUGCUUCCAUUGACUUUCAAAUGUUAUGAAUAAAACAAACUUAAUAUUGAGGUCAAA